CAAAGUCAUCAUGCUUUGAGCCUUUGUGUGUCUUUCAAACGAUCACGAGUCCAGAGAAAUCCGAAGUUGAAAUAGUGGUUUUCUUGCUCUCAAGACCCUUCGCCGUUCGCGGGCAGCUAUGUACUGUACUGCUAAUCGUAGCCUGCCCUCCAAACACUCCAGCAACCAAGAAGGCUGCCCGGCCCUCAGAUAGCAUGUAAAAUCUAGCCGUUAGACGCGAUAGCCGCUGAGGUAGCUUUCGUCCGAGAUCGGAGUUAUAAAAUGAAUCGGGUCGUGCGUUCCGCAAUCCUGUAGCGAAAAGUUCCGAUCGAAGACCAUUAUCCAUCUGUUGGCUGAAGACCUACCAGGCGAGAUAGAAGCCAUGUCGUUUCUCGCCGUUUCAGCUCUCCUCCUCCUUCUCAGUGUCGCCAGCCGUGCUGAGUCCGCCCGUGAGAGCCCCGAGUCCGCCGAACAUGCCCUGCCCCGUGCAGACAGUGUGGAAAGUGUGGAGAGCGUGGAGAGUGACGUGACGGUCUGGCUACUCAAGUAUAACUACACGCAGUACGUGUACUCGGAGCUGACCACGCACGUCCUGGCGUUGAGGCCAGGCGGGAAAUACGUUGAUGAUCUGGACGUGGACAAGCGGCGUGUGUCCUUCACCUACAAGUUGCCUCUGCCGGCGUUCAACAUGGCCAUUGGGCACUUAGGACGUCUUGUCGUACUGAUGCACACUGCUAAGAUGACAACACUGGACCUAUCCCGACGGCAGCUGAGCACACGGGACUUCCCCUUUCCGAACGUGACCAUGGGAGUACACGGCCUGGCGGUGGAUCUGACGUCGGAGCACACGACGUGCGCCUGGCUAGCCUACAGCGACAACAAUACGUACCAGAAUGCGAUUGUGUGUGCGGACGAUGUGCACGAUACACCACUAGUCUGCAGCAACCCUGGUAUCGGGAGCUUGAUCGUGAGCUACGCCAUCUGGAAGGACGACGGAUCCAUUUACGAGCUAACGCCACUCGGUUACAUCGUCAAGCACAGGAUAUCGUCGCGCAUUCCGUCACCAUUCAUACCCAGGUGCGCAGAGUACGUCCGCACUAAAUACAUGAAUUACGGAGCCUUCUACGCACCGAGCCGUGCCUGGCUCAGCUACGACCAGACCCGGAUCUUCCUCAGCAAUGGUCUCACUGUCGCUACCAGCUCAGAUCUCAACAUCGACUUACAGAUCGGUCGUGCUCUCAACGGAACCUGGGAAAGUCUGUUCAUACACUGGAUGGAUCAGGAGAAGAAGGAUCCCUAUCACGAGAUUCUGGCAAUGCAGCGCAUUCCGGAUCCGUCGUCCUGGCAACAAUGGCGUCUGGUCAUCAAUCGCUUCUCAUGGCCGUACCUGAGAGCCGAAGCGGAGCCCGUGUCUAUUCCCACGCCGACCAAUCUAGGGAUCAAUCCUUUCGCGUUCGGCGGCCAGAUUCACUUCCACGGGGGGCCGAAGGCUGCCAUCGCCAUAGUGAACUACUCGGAUAGCAACGGACUGUACACGCCUGGCAUUGCCUACAUCAAGCUAUAGGACGUGGAAAUGCCUGCUCGCCUAUACUAAAGCGAUAAGCUUUCAUGGCACGUACAUUUUUCGUUUUCAACAAUUGUACUGGUUCACCAAUCACCAUAAACGACUUUUCUCGAUUUUGCCUCUUCAAUUGGUUCUUGCACUGUUAUCAAUCACUGUACAGAGCAGUUCACGGUGAUUUAUAUCUGCGAAUGUUAGAUGGGUGCGUCAAUGGCGAAAUUAAUCUCCAGCGGAAGUGCCUCACGUUACGGUAAUAGUUAUGCAGGCUGAUUUCCCUCUGCUUUGGGAGCUGCAUCUGCGCCUUUGAUCCGGAAGGGUGGUGGCAUUUCUAGUCCUACAGAUGCGGAAUGCUCAGCCUAAUUGAGUAUAACCGUGCAUUUUCCCCUCCUAACUACCUGUAUCUAAUAUAUUCCUGCAACACAUUCUCAGUGCACACUGUUGUUUGCAUCGAUCCGAUUUCCUGUCCAUUUCCUAACCGUGCCAUCAACCUUCCUCUACACUGCUCUUUUUACUGCCUAACCCCAUAUGCAAAUCUACGUCCCCAUCUUGGUCCUGUGAUCCAGUAUGGCGCCUUCUCGGUGCCACACAAUAUCCAUAAUUAAAUGUUCUUUCCAGUGGUUUUGCACAUGCUUUCACGGAAGCGAUUAAAUUUUAGAUAUGAACAGGCCAGCGGAAUCUCUAUAAAAGCUCGGACGUAUAGGCGAUAUCUUGGCUCUGGCAUUUCUGUUUAUUUGAAGGUCACAUUACAGAAAAAUCGAGAAUGAUCUCUCUCUCUCUCUCUUUCUUUCUCCAUCUCUAUCUCUCUCUAUCUCUCUAUCUCUCUAUCUCUCUAUCUCUCUAUCUCUCUAUCUCUCUAUCUCUCUAUCUCUCUCUCUCUCUCUCUCUCUCUCUCUCUCUCUCUCUCUCUAUCUAUCUCUUCUGUUUGUGAGGCCAUGCUCUCAUGAUAGGGAAGAAUUGUGGUUAAAACGCACCCGAGUAAAUGGUGGUAAACAGACACAUCUGGGUAAAUGAUGGUAAAUGCAUCCCUUCCCACACAGCGCUGUCUGAGCUGCAAACCACCAUCUCUCCCGGUGUGUGUUAGCCAACAUUUCUCUGCUGUAUAUUAUUAUUUUGCCAUGCAUGUUGUUGUAUUGGAAUCCUCACAUCAUAAUUGAUCUUUUUUUUUGGCGGUAGAGACAAAUCAUGGUUGCUCUUUA